GCCGAACCACCGAAGCUGAGAGAAAGAGUUGGAGAGAGAGCAGUUGGCCUCGGUUGACAUAACAAGGAGAUUCGAACCACAGUGAUUCAACAAUAUGGCAAGUUACAAAGCUAGGUUAAAAGAGUUUGACGACGCUCUCGGCGCCAAUCAGAUCGACUUGCGAAAAUUAAAGGAACUUUGCUUUCAUGGUAUUCCUGAUGAACAAGGAGCACGAUCUCUCUGCUGGAAACUUCUUCUGAACUAUCUUCCUCCUGAUCGAUCAACAUGGAGUCAAACCCUAACCCAGAAGCGUGAACUAUAUAAACAGUUCAUUGAGGAAAUGGUAAUACCCCCUGGCGAGGUUCAAGAUGAAGAAGAAACGAGUAGAACCGAUGUGACGAGUGCAGAUCACCCUCUCAGCUGCAAUCCCGACAGCCAGUGGCAGGCAUUUUUUAGGGACAAUGAAGUCUUAUUACAGAUUGAUAAAGACGUUAGGCGGCUUUGCCCUGAUAUCUCUUUUUUUCAACAAGCAACGGAAGCUCCUUGUGAUAAAGUUGUUAACAGUCGAGGAUUGCGACGUCUUCACCGCAGAGUUCAGCACACUGUCCUGAGUUCAGCAAAUGUUGAGCGCCGGGGACUUGGUGUAACUAAGAUAGCUCUAACUGUGAGAAAAGCUCAGGAAGACUAUGCUCCAAUGGCAGAAGGCAGUGAAGCUCACUGGGAAGUUGUGGAACGAAUUCUUUUUCUGUAUGCAAAGCUGAAUCCUGGUCAGGGAUAUGUUCAGGGAAUGAAUGAAAUUGUGGGUCCCAUUUACUAUUGCUUCGCUUCAAACCCAGAUGCAGAUUGGAGAAAACAUGCGGAAGCUGAUUGCUUUUUCUGUUUCACUAAUUUGAUGUCUGAAAUCCGAGACUUCUUUAUCAAAAGUCUGGAUGAAGCAGAGUGUGGUAUCAAUAAUAUGAUGUGCAAAUUAAGUGAUCAACUUCGUUCUUGCGACCAACCAGUCUACUUAAGGUUGCAGCAACAAGAACUUAGACCACAGUAUUACAGCUUCAGAUGGCUUACUCUGAUGCUUUCCCAGGAAUUCCCACUUCCCGAUGUGCUCCGCAUCUGGGACUCUCUGUUUGCUGAUGAGAAUCGAUUUUCUUUCCUAAUUCAUAUUUGCUGUGGAAUGAUUGUGCUGUUACGGGAUGACCUUUUGAGUGGAGACUUUCCAGCCAAUGUGAAAUUGCUACAAAAUUUUCCACCGAUGGACAUUGCUUUAGUUCUGAGAAAAGCUGCAAAGUUGUCGGGGAGACGAAGCAGCGACUGUCCUUGAAGGUUUUCCUCCAAGACAUAUGUGCCUUAUACAUACCUGUGAUUUAUUCUGUGCACAAGGAUUUUACAUCUUAUUUUUGUUUGUUUUUUGUCUCUCUAUUAUCUGAGUAUUAUGUUCAUGGUUUACUCGAAGGUAUUGUUAGUAUAUUAAUUGGUUUCAUGAGAAACUGGAAGUACUUGUAAUAUUUGUUACACAUUCUCAUGCCAAGAGACUUGCUGUUAAGUUUAUAAAAAUAAUCAGAAAGACUGCUCAUUCUUGUUAAGUAUGUACUAGUUGAAUUAUGUUGUUAAGUACAAAAGUGCAAUCACAAAAUCUGUGCAGGUAUUGGAUUCUUAAGUACCAAAGUUCAUCACAAACUCUGUACAGGUAUUGAAUUUCUUUGAUUUGUUGGUUUCAAUUUCCACUCAAAGUUGAUGAUGUUCUUGUAACUAAUUUUUGCAAGGUGUUCCAUGUUGCUAGGAGUUGACUAGUAGUUUCUUCUCUGAUAUGUGAUAGAACAUUGUGUUAUAAAUUCAAGAGCAAUAAAUAUAUUUUUAUUCGUU